UUCUCCUGACUCACCGUUUUCACUAGCCAGCUCGUCGUAGCCUUAGCCAAGCCUAGUUCAGGAUAUAAUUUGUUCUGCUUAGCGACGCAAGCGAAUAAUGUGUGUGUGUGAGGGUGUGUAGAGGACCUAUUGUGUAGGUUUGUUAGACUAUGCUAUUCACUGAGCGUGUGGGCCGGUUGCUGAUUUCAAGAACGUUAAUUUGUAUUUUCGUCGAUUCUGAAACUUAAAAAAUCUAGAUUUUUUAGAUUUAAUAAGUCUAGAUUCUAGACCUACAUCUAGAUCUAGAUCUAGAUAUCUAGAAUCUAAUCUAGAUCUAGAUCUAGGUCAAGAAUCAAGUUGUGCUUACAUUCUUCUCCUUGGAGUAACUAUUUUUCCAUCCUGUGUUUAUCGGUGUGUUAAGUCGGGACCUGUGUUCCCUUACGCGGUCUUUGUUCCUGAAUACAACACACAAGGCACAGUGCAACGAACCCUGUCAGGAUUCCUCGUGAAAAAGUUUCGCUGGGUGCCUCCGAAGGUAAACAAGGCACACCAUGGAAAACAACAUCAACGUCAUCCCCGCUUUUGGUCAGAAUAAUCUCAGCAUAGACGAACAUUCAGAGCUAGUCGCAAGUAGACUACCGCUUCUUAAGCGAUACCUUGACGUGCAGAGCCUCAUAUACUCCACUAAACAGUUCGAAUCCUACGGUGUUGACGGACUGAAAAUUCUGAAAACAGCGACCGACAAAAGCAGUGAACAGGCAGCUGAAGAGUUUCUGAGAAAGCUGUGUGCCUCGCAAGAGAAGACUUGGUAUGGCGUUUUCAGACAGACACUGAGAGAAACAAAGCAAGACCUUGUGCUUGAGAUCCUAGACAAUGAGAACUCAAGUGUCAUUGAUGGUCAUGAGCAAUGGUCAGAGAAGCUUGGCGUGUUUCGAGAGCAUUGUCUCUCGAGGCUGGAAACAAAGCGGUUCAGCCAAAUCCUGCUGGAGAAGGGGUUGCUAAGAGACUACCAUGUGCAACAGAUCACUGCGGAGUUUUCUCGCGCGGGACGCUCCUCUGCAGCCUUCGUCAUGCUUUCCAUAAUUCAGAGGAGAAAGAACUGGUACCCUACGUUCCUUCGAGCGUUGUACGACGAGGGUCAAAGAGAACUGGUCAAACUGAUUGACGAAGAUAAGUUUGAAAAACUUGAGGCUCAAGCUCUAUACCUCCACUCAAUGCCAGAGGUAGACCGAAACUGCGACGAAAGGAGAGCCGAUACAUUGGACGAUUACCAGGAGGCGUAUCGUAGUCAGGAUUGUCUGGAUGCUCCUGAUAAUGUCUGGAGGCAGAACUUGCAGUCAACUGUGACAACCGUGCCUGUCAAAGAGUCCGAGCAGAAUUUGACUAAACUGGAAAACCUCAAUGACUUGGUUGAUCCUAAACCCCUUGCAUACUUGGAGGAAAAGAAAGAAAAUACAGUUUCAACAGAACGACCAAAUAGCAAUAUUACUGGGAAUAUUCAGGCUCCUUACGUUUGUCAUUGCAGUAAAGAAUUGAAAACACAAAGGGAUUUGAAGCUUCAUAUGAAGGCAUUUGGCUGUGGUGAAUUCUCUUCUGAACAUGACAGUCACACGGCAGGCACUGCUAGAGCUAAGGGCGGUAUUAAAGUUGUUCCUGCUGUUCCAAGCGAUAGAGACCGCCAAAAACCAGUGGAGAUCAAACGAACAAGGCCAGCACGAGUGAGGUUCCAAGAGGUCCCUUCAGAUCGCGGUAAGGUUAAAGACGAAGUCGUAGCCCCUCGUCAGAGCUCCCGCAAAGAAAAUACUUCUCAGUCAGCAGCUGAUGCUAGAACCAGACGCUGGGUAGCUCCUGGGCCUCCUAAGAGCUCCAGUAUCGAAAACACGCCACCCACUGGCGCUAAAAGCAUGCCGCCCGAGGAGAGACGUGGAUCUGGUUCUCGGCCUGCUCAAAGAAGUGAUAGCCACAAGGAACAUGUCAACGAAUCUCUUCAUGUUAAUAAAUCUAAUUCUCAUCAGAUACGACCUUCACCUCGAGCUCACAGCUCUUUGUCCUCUUGUCCUCCCAACCACGCUGCACCAGUAGCCUCUUCCCCAAGGGGCUGCAGAAGGAAGGAAUGGUCACCUCCACUGCCUGGGGCCCUUGAUCUUUCACGAUAUAUAUGUGUGUGUGGAAAACUGAUAAGAAGCUUUGAGGACUACGAAUCCCAUGGCAAAUGUCGAAAAGGGAAUGGUGUGCCCCCGAAGAGCCCUGGGACUACCAAGAGUUCAGCAUCUCAAAGUGAAAGUUUCAAGUGCGUCUGUGGUAGAGCGUUUGCUACAGUAAGAGAUUUACACGUGCACAUGACAAAGAAAAAGUGUAGUAGGCCUAGUUGAUGCAUUCGCUUCGUGCCAAGACAUGUAAAGACGACUGUAACAGGGAAAUCUGCUAACGGAUGAAAAAACCCACCUACAUUCUGAUCAUUGAUGUACACUAUAGUACUAGAUACAGUACGCCCCUCUCUCACCUUGCUGCGCGAUGGCCACAUUUGACAGCGGUG